AUGAACUGCAUCCAUAGUCUUGUCCCUGGGAAAGGACCGAGUCAUGGUUCGAGGGAUGCUGGGUGGUACCAGGGAAACACGAAGGUUAUCGCCUGCCAGGACGCUCGCUCAGUAGAGCUUUACAAAGCUGCCGUAGCAGAGCUUGGUGAGGUCUACCCCGGGGCGAAGCUGGUCGCUGUCGACUGGAGCGAAGUCCCGAGUAGACCUCGUUCACGCAUCUGGAUCUCGGCCUCCUUAAAGGUACCGGACCAGGUGCUUAACCUUUUGCAACUAUGCAACCCCUCUCUUCCCACCCAUGACUGGAGGGUGGUGAAGAUUGAGGCCACCAAUGGGCCAACCAACCAGGCAGUGCCAAUCCUCAACAAGGAAUCGCUGGCCCCCAUCGAAGCUGCCAAAGGCGAGCUCAAUUUUGGCUUCGGCUCCAUUACCGUUAAGAUAUACAAAUCGGAUGCGCCGGUCGGAGGAGACCCUGUUAUCUGUAACAAGACGGCCGAACAGGGUCGUCCUGCGGAGAUCGGAGCAACCCAUGAGGAGCUGGAGCCAGGUUAUACGUAG